CGCGGCUUGAUAGGACCACAGCGCGAGAGAGCCCCACGGUACAGCGUCCCGCACAAUAUAGCGGGAGACCUAUGCUUUUGGCAACUUCCACACAAAAAAUGCAAAGGAAACUGGGUUCAGCCGCCCGCGGAAACCGAUUCCGGAAUGCCCCCGACAUUUGAGUUGUAACGAUGCGAUAGCAUUCGCGCAUUUGGAAACGCCAGUGAGUUUUUGACUCGAAGCGGCGGCGUGGACUACCGAACGGAGCGGCUCUGCAGCAUGCUGUGGGAUGGACGAGGAGGAGCAGAAUCGCUACGUGGUCCAGCUGAAGGAGGAGUUCGACAGCUGCGACACCACGGGCACCGGCUACCUGGACAAGGAGGAGCUGACCGCCCUGUGCGGCAAGCUGCACCUGGAGGCCCACCUGCCCCUGCUGCUCGGCACGCUGCUGGGCCCCCACCACUAUUCCCGGGUGAAUUUUGAGGAGUUUAAGGAGGGCUUUGUGGCAGUUCUCUCACGCUCUCUGGAUCUGAGCACUUCCGAAGAGGAGACCAGCUACCUGGAGCCAGUGGUACCGGAGGAGGUGAAGCCCAAAUUCGUGAAGGGGACCAAACGCUACGGGCGCCGGUCUCGGCCGGACGGUCCCGACUCCGAGCUGACCGCAGAUUCGGAGGAGACGCCCCCGCUGAGGCCGGACCAGCCCGAGCCGUUCCCCUCGGGCGUCAGGAGGGCCAAACUGAGGCGGUCCACUUCGCUGGAGAGCGUGGAGAGCCUGAAGUCUGAUGAGGAGACAGGAAGCACCAAAGACGUCUCUCACCAGACCUUUGAAGCUCAAGGCCAGCUGAAGCGAUGGAAACGGGACGCCGUGGAGACGCCCCGCCCUUCCCCCGUCCCGCGGCCCAGCGCCCCGGAGGCGGGGGACGGGCAGACGCAGGGGGUGUGGGAGGAGCUCGGCGCGGGCGGGGACGGCUUCCUCACCAGGCCGGAGCUGUCCGUGGCGUGCAGGAGCCUCGGCCUGCAGGACCUGGGCGCUGAGGAGCUGGAUGUCCUCUUCAGGAGGCUGGACAAGGACAAGGAUGGGAGGGUGAGCCUGAGAGAGUUCCAGAAGGGCCUCUUCAAGCACGGACUGGUCCCCGCCCCCGCCUCCUCCUCCACCCCUAUCCGCCUGCUCCCCCAGCGCUCCCUCACACAGGCCUUCGAGGACAGCUCGGUGCGGUCCACCUCCCCCUCGAUCCUGUCGCCCACCGUGGGCCAGCGCCUGCUGAGCCGGCUGGACGACGGGUCGGGCUGCGCCAGCGCCGACCGGAUCAUCACCACCUGGAGCGACGAGGGGAUCCGCAACAGCCGCGACAUCCUGCAGACGCUGGACUUCUCGCUGGACGAGAAGGUCAGCCUGGCCGAGCUGACCCUGGCGCUGGACAACGAGCUGCUGGUCAGCGGGAACGGGAUCCACCAGGCCGCCCUCAUCUCCUACAAGAACGAAAUCCAGUUCCUGCAGGUGCUGUCUGAGCAGGCCUGCAGGGAGCGGGACAAGGUCAAGGUUGACCUGGACCGGGCCGAGCGGCGGAACCUGCACCUGGUCAGGGAGGUGGACGACCGGCACGCCACCAUGGAGACGCUCAACGAAACCAAGAUCAGGGGUCUGGAGCAGGAGUUCCGGGACAGGCUGACGGCCCUGCGGAGUGAGUCGGAGCAGGAGAGCGAGGUGCUGCUGCAGCAGGUGGAGCAGGAGAGGUCCCGGCUGCAGGUGGAGGUGGAGAGCCUGCGGGCGCAGGACGCCAGUCUGCGGGAGGAAAUCGGCGCGUCCAAUCAGGAGAACGGGCGGCUGGAGAAGGAGCUGAGCGGGCUGAAGGGGAAGCUCUCUGAGGCCGAGGGGACCAUCGCCAAGCUGCAGAGGGACCUGGACGGCCUGCUGCUGGACAAAUUUGGCAGUCUGGACCCAAAUCACGCGGGAAUGAACCAGGAAGAACGUUUCUCUGAGAUCAUCAAGGAGUACGAGCUACAGUGUCGGGAGCUGCGGGACAGGAACGACGAGCUGAAUUCUGAGCUGGAGAUGCUGAAGAGCCAGGGAGGGGGGCGAAAGAGCAGGAGGGCGCGGGACGGCCUGUCCACCCAAACCUGGUCCAGCCGGAGAGCGCUCACCACCGAGUCCGAUUCUGAUGACCCAGAGAUGAAGAGAGGCACUUCCCCGCUGGACAGGAAGAAGCUCCAGGUCGCCGACAAAAAUGGCCUGGGAUCGCUGGAGAACAUGUCGGCGAAUGUGAGCAUCGAGACGGAGCUGGCCGUGGAGCAGCUGAAGGAGCAGCACAGCCGGGAGGUGCAGGACCUGAAGAUCCAGCUGGAGACCAAGGUGAACUUCUACGAGCGCAGCCUGGAGCUGAUGCGGCGGAACAUGGAGGUGGAGCGCAAGGACAUCUCACAGGCCUUCAAGAUGGAGAUCAGCGAGCUGGAGGAGCAGAAGGCCCAGGCAGAGGAGCGGGCGGAGCGGCUGCGGGAGAGCCUGGAGGAGGCGCGGGCGGAGGCGCGGGCGGGGGCGGGGUCAGGGGCGGGCACCUGGGGCCCCGAGCAGGAGCGGCGGGCGCAGCGGGAGCGCGCCGAGCUGGAGCAGAACUACGCCCGCGAGAUCGGCAACCUGGUGCAGCGGCUCACCGGCGAGCGGGACCAGCUGGAGGCGGAGCUCAAGCUGAGGAUGGACGAGGAGGUGCAGCUGGUCAGGGCAAAGCUCGAGGAGGUCGCCACGGAGAACACCAAGUUGAAGGACAGGCUUGUGAUGUCACAGGAAGAUGUGCAGAGGCUAGAGGAGGAGGUUCAUAAGAGUCGGAAGAAACUUGAAGAGCGGGAUAAAGAACACGAGAAGAGCAGAGAGGAAGUGGAGAGGCUGUUCAAAGAGAAUGCCCGGUACCGAGAGGAGGUUCUGGAGCUGAGCGCCCGGAACCUGCAGCUGAGCGGGGAGAACGCCGAGCUGAGCGCCCGUCUCCGUGCCGACCAGGGCGCCGCGCAGCUGCUGACCGCGCGGCUGGCCCAGCUGUCCCGGGAGCAGGAGGAGGGCGCCGCCGCCGCCCGGCAACUGCAGGAGGCCGCCGACAGGACGGAGCGCGAGCAGCUGCAGCGGCGGUCGGGCUGGGGGCGGGAGAAGGAGCUGCUGGAGGCGGAGCUGAACGCAGCCAAGGAGAAGCUGCAGCGCCUGGCGGACGUGGAGGCGGAGCUGACCGGCCUGGCGCUCAAACACGAGUGGCUGGAGAAGGACAAGGAGCGGCUGCAGAGGGAGGUCGAGGACAGGGCGCAGAAGAUGCAGACGCUGCAGGACUCUCUGCAGUCUCUCAGCUCCCAGGCGGAACAGCUGCACUCCCAGCUCCAAACCGUCACUCUGGAAAAAGGCCUCCAGGCCCAGGAGCUGGCUGCCAAUCAGAGGAUGCUGCAGGAGGCCAAGGACAAGGUGAAGGGGCUGGAGGCCUCUGUGGAGAGACUGCGGAGGGAGAAGGAGGAGCUGACCCUGUCCCAGCAGCACCAGGAGGGGGAGAGGGUCCAGGCCCUGCAGGAGCAAUGCCAGACCCUGCGCUCCCAAAACCAGGACCUGCUCCACCAGGUGGACCUCCUGCAGCUCCAGCAGGCCGAGCUCCAGAAGGUGACCCAGGAGUGCCAGACUCUGAAGACCAGACAGGCUCAGCUGGAGACGGCCGUGCAGGAAGGACAGGACCAGCUCCUGAAGGCCAACGCGGCCCUGACCCUGGCCCAGUCCCAGCAUGCCCGGGAGGUGCAGGAGCUGAGGGAGCGGGCGGGCGCGGGAUCCAGGGAGCAGCUGGCGCACAGCCACGCCCGCCUGGCGGAGGAGCAGCGGCGGGCGCUGCAGCUGGAGGAGCGGCUCGCCGCCCAAUCCCGCCAGACCAGCACACAGCUGACCCUGCAACAGGAGCAGUAUGAGAAAUCCAUGAACUGCAUGGAGGAGAAGAUGGAGGAGGUGGAGGCCAAGCUGAAGAACCUCCGCUCGUUGCUGCAAGAGAAGGUCAACCAGCUGAAGGAGCAGCUGGCCAAGAACGCCAAGGCGGACGUGCUCCUGAAGGACCUGUACGUGGAGAACUCGCAGCUCAUGAAGGCCCUGCAGGUGACGGAGCAGCGACAGAAGAACGCAGAGAAGAAGAACUUCCUGCUGGAGGAGAAGAUCGUCGCCCUCAACAAGCUGCUGCGCAGGAUCGCGCCGACCUCCCUUACCACGUAGCGCACCCCCCACCCCUCCCCCAAACCCUAUCGCCCCUAUAGAACAAUCUCCCAAAAGCCAUAAAAACAAACCAUUACUGUAUUCAGCCAUCCUCCACCCCAUGACCCCUGCUAACCAAGAGCCUUGGACAAUGGAAGCAGGUUUGACUUGAAGGUGGGGAGUCCCGGGGUGGGGUGGGGGGGGGGAAGCAUGACCGUGAAGUUAUUACCGUUUCUACCAUCAGGGUAUUAUGUAAUGUACUUAAUUUCUGGUUCAUGUAGAGGUUAAAUUGAGACCAUGUUUUUUUUUUUUUCCUCUCCCUGUGAAGCUCAGUGUUGUUUUUAAGUGUAUAGUAUGUGGUCUCUUAAGAGGCAGCUAGUUUACCUGGACAGAGUAGUCCGAUUUAAAGUUGGCAAUUGACAGCAGGUGAUCCAAGGCCAGUAUCGGACAGUACUGGGGGGAUCUGGUCGUCAGUGCGUUUAAGGACUAACGGUAACUGUUCACCUGUAUUUUACACACAAACCUGGGGUUAUAGAAUUUCAACCUGUAUUGUCUUCACCACAGGAGCAAUUAAAACACAGGCCAGCCCCUUUCCUCCUUGUAUGCAACCUGUCCAUGAUCAGGAUUGGUCAAAAGUGUCACACGGGGGCAUUUAAACCAAUCAUGGACAAGUGCAUGCGUGUGAGGGGCGAGCACUGUGGAAGGAUUUACUUUGGAAAUGUACUUUUACAGGUAUUUACAAGCAAAAGGCAUUUUUGCUGCAUAACAAAGUUUUGCACAACUACCAAAUAAUUCAUUCAAAAUGGUAUUGAAGUAACCCCAUACUAUUUUUUUAAAAUGAAGUGUUCUUUAUCGUUUUAAAUGUCAAAAGCACAGUAUGCAUAAAAUGUACAGUUUUUAUACAAAACACUUCCUAAAAUCGCACACACUAAACCUGAUGCACUGCUGUAAAGUACACUUUGUUUCACGUAAAUUAUUCAUGUUUCAAGUGUAUUUGGAACAAGAUCAAGUUGCCUGAUAAUUAGUCAUCCUAGUUGUGCUCCCUAUGUUUUAGGUACAGGAUUAAUUGUGUAAAAAAAAAAAAA